AUGGACUUCGCCACUCGCUUAAAGAUUCCUGCCAAACUUCCUCACGGGAUCCAAUCCCCAGAAGACCUCCGGACCGAGAACCGAAACUUUUUACUCGAGUCAAUGGGAAUUGAACAUACUCAUGAUACUAAAGUUGGAAAUGAAUUUAUUCGUGGUGUAUCCGGCGGCGAGCGAAAACGUGUGUCAAUUAUUGAGUGCAUGGCUACCCGCGGCUCAGUAUUCUGCUGGGAUAACAGUACUCGAGGUCUUGAUGCCAGCACGGCUUUGGAGUACACCAAGGCAAUAAGGGCGAUGACGGAUGUGCUUGGCCUCGCCAGCAUUGUGACACUCUACCAGGCCGGCAAUGGUAUAUAUAAUCUCUUUGACAAGGUGCUUGUUCUCGAUGCCGGAAAGCAAAUCUUUUACGGUCCUUUGAAAGAGGCCAAGCCUUUCAUGGAGGAUAUGGGAUUCGUCUGCCAGGACGGUGCAAAUGUUGCGGACUACUUGACAGGAGUUACUGUCCCCACUGAGCGCAAAAUUCUCCCUCAAUGCGAAUCAUCAUUCCCUCGGUCAGCAGAUGCUCUGCGCGAGAGAUACGAGAAUUCAUCAAUAUACGAAAAGAUGGUUGCCGAAUACGAUUUCCCCACAACAGAUGCAGCGAAGGAAAAAACAAGCCACUUCAAGGAAGGCGUUUCUCAGGAGAAACAUCCUCGACUCCCAGCCAGUAGCCCACUCACAGCCAGCUUUGCCACUCAGGUGAAAGCAUGCAUCAUCCGUCAAUACCAAAUUAUUUGGGGCGAUAAAGCGACAUUUCUUAUCAAGCAAAUAUCAACACUGGUCCAGGCGCUGAUUGCCGGAUCACUCUUCUAUAACGCACCAACUAAUUCGGGUGGCCUUUUUGUCAAAUCAGGCGCUCUAUUCUUCUCGUUACUUUAUAAUAGCUUGCUGUCUAUGUCAGAGGUCACUGACUCAUUUCGAGGCCGACCGGUAUUGAUUAAGCACAAGUCGUUUGCCUAUUACCACCCGUCUGCCUACUGUAUAGCGCAUGUAGCAGCUGACAUACCAGUGAUCCUAUUCCAAGUCACCAUCUUCGCCGUCGUUCUAUACUUUAUGGUCGGUUUGACUGCAAGCGCUGGCGCAUUCUUCACUUACUGGAUCAUCCUUGUGGCGACGACUAUGUGUAUGACGGCACUGUUCCGAUCUAUUGGCGCGGCUUUUGAUACGUUCGACGGAGCAUCCAAGGUCUCAGGUUUUCUUAUAAGUGCAGCAAUCAUGUAUACCGGAUACUUAAUUCAGAAGCCCCAAAUGCAUCCUUGGUUUGUCUGGAUUUUUUGGAUUGACCCUCUAUCGUAUGCAUUCGAUGCCCUCAUAUCGAAUGAGCUUCAUGGCGAACUCGGUGCUUUGAUGGGAUCUUCCGGUGCUGGUAAGACAACACUACUGGAUGUUCUUGCGCAACGGAAAACAGAAGGAACUAUUCAUGGCUCAAUAAUGGUUGAUGGGCGGCCGUUGCCCGUCUCCUUCCAGCGAUCGGCAGGUUACUGUGAGCAGCUCGAUGUUCAUGAGCCAUAUGCGACUGUCAGAGAAGCGCUGGAGUUUUCAGCACUGUUGCGGCAGGGCCGGGACGUUUCUCGAGUGGAGAAGCUCAGAUAUGUUGAUACGAUCAUCGAUCUCCUCGAGCUGCAUGAUCUAGCCGACACGCUGAUUGGUCAUGUCGGUGCUGGCCUGACAGUGGAACAAAGAAAGAGAGUCACUAUUGGCGUCGAACUAGUGUCCAAACCCAGCAUUCUCAUAUUUUUGGACGAGCCAACGUCUGGACUUGAUGGCCAGUCUGCAUACAACACUGUCCGCUUCUUACGCAAGCUCGCAGAUGCUGGUCAAGCUGUCUUGGUCACCAUUCAUCAACCCUCUGCUCAACUUUUUGCUCAAUUUGAUAGACUCCUGCUUUUGGCCAAAGGAGGGCAAACUGUGUAUUUCGGCGAUAUUGGUGACAACGCACACACGGUCCGAGAGUACUUUGGCAGAUAUGGGGCUCCUUGCCCUGAAGAGGCAAAUCCGGCAGAGCACAUGAUCGACGUGGUUUCCGGCCAUUUAUCACAAGGCCAUGACUGGAACCAGGUCUGGCUCUCGUCCCCAGAGCACGAAAAGGUGGUUAAGGAACUGGACCAUAUCAUUGCAGAUGCGGCUGGAAGACCUCCUGGAACUCUGGACGACGGACAUGAGUUUGCGAUGCCACUUUGGGACCAGAUUAAGAUUGUUACGAACCGGAUGAACACAUCCCUGUUCCGUAACAUUGACUACAUCAACAACAAGUUCGCCCUCCACAUAUUCUCUGCGCUAUUUAACGGCUUCUCGUUCUGGAUGAUUGGUGAUUCAGUCGGCGAUCUGCAACUACGGCUGUUUACAAUCUUCAAUUUUAUCUUCGUCGCUCCAGGGGUCAUCAACCAGCUCCAGCCCCUGUUCAUUGAGCGGCGUGAUAUCUUCGAGACCAGGGAGAAGAAGUCAAAGAUGUAUUCUUGGAUUGCUUUCGUUACAGGACUCAUUGUCUCAGAGUUUCCUUAUCUCUGUAUUUGCGCGGUGUUGUACUUCGUAUGUUGGUAUUACACGGUUGGGUUCCCGAGUUCAUCAGACCGCGCUGGCGCAACGUUUUUCGUUAUGCUCAUGUAUGAGUUUGUGUACACGGGAAUCGGUCAGUUCAUUGCCGCAUACGCUCCAAAUGAGACAUUCGCUGCUCUUGCAAACCCCUUCGUUAUCGGGUUGCUUGUUUCAUUCUGUGGCGUUCUCGUCCCCUAUCAACAAAUACAGACCUUUUGGAGGUAUUGGAUCUACUGGCUGAAUCCUUUCAACUAUCUCAUGGGGAGCAUGCUCGUUUUCGACAUUUGGGGCACGGAAGUCGACUGUUCUGAGCGGGAAUUUGCCAUCUUUGACCCCCCAAAUGGUUCCACAUGCGGUCAAUACCUUUCCUCAUAUAUGGGGCAGCUAGGAUCGGGCAGCAAACUCCUCAAUCCGGAAUCAACAGCUAACUGCCAGGUCUGCCCAUACGGAAGCGGGAGCGACUACCUUCGAACUCUCAACUUGAAGGAUUAUUACUAUGGUUGGCGGGAUGCAGCUAUUGUGGUCAUCUUUGCCAUCAGCUCUUACGCCAUGGUAUAUGUGCUCAUGAAAUUAAGGACUAAAGCUUCGAAGAAGGCUGAGUAG